UCUAAGGAAUAAUUUGCUCGCAAACGUACAUAUUUACUUACACACACAUAUGUGGGAGUGUCAACAUUCGGUUCAACUUAGCAACGUGAAGCUUUGCUUAUGUAUUAAAAAAAACUCACACCACAAAGUAAAUCGCGCUUAUUUUCAUCCGUUAUACUUAUAAAAAAUUGCACACUAACAAAGUAAGGCAACAAAUAGCAAAAUAAAUAUAUCGAUUAUAUUCGUAUUUGACGUUGCCGUCGUGCUUAACGUCGUUGUCGUCAGUUGCUGCAGUGUCCUGCAUUCAGUGUUCAGUAUUCGCUCGGCUCUCCUUUUGUUCGCCCAACUGGCGACGACAAUUUUCGAUUUCGAACAAGCUAAUUACAAACGAAACAAUAACAAAAAACAACAUAACUAUAUUUAAUGAAACAUUAAUGCGUCAAAAAAGUAUUUGAAGAGAAAAUAUAUGUUUACCUAUGCGGUAUAGAACGAAGCAUAGAUGCAUACAUAUAUGUAAUAUUUCACAAAAUUUAGAGAGUACACAAUAUAAAUAUGUACAUGCAUCUGUACAAAAUGAACAAGUAUAGCAUCUUUGGAUUAGUAAGGAAUACUAUAACACAAUCAGACGGAUAGCCAAUUGCACGCUUCAUAUAUGUAUACUACUGUGAUGAAAUUUAUAUUUCUCGUGUUUUUCGAAUCGGUAAAUUUUUUUUCUGCUUUGCAACAGCGUACAAUUAUCACCCACGUGGCCAAUAUGCAUUGAAGACAUUACAAACACUGCCGAACCACGCUACCAAAACAUGAUCUCACCGAAUCCAUCAAAUUGUAUCGAAAAUGAUCAUCACCGCACUCAUCACACAGCAACUGCAGGUUCUCAGACUUGUGGCUUUAGCUCGGGAGUUCGCAAUAACCGACGUAACAUGAGCAACAAUAAUGUGUGCGGUGUACGCUGUCGUUCUUUAUUGGGCUAUCAACCGCAUUUGCAGCUUAUCAAUGAUGCUAAUAUUAUGGGCAGCAAUAAUUGCUGCGAUAUUGGUGCAUCUGGAGGCCGUUAUAGUCCACAUCCGAAUGAGAUGUUCUUGCAUCAUCAUGGUAAACUCUCAACCCAACCGAUUAAUGGCUUUGAUGAUUCAACAAAUUGUUGUUUGCCGCCACCAUCACCAGCGCCGAAUAGUGAUAGAUACAUAAUGGGCUUAACAUCACUGCAAAGUUCUCAAAUAUGUGGCACUUCCAGUAAUGUUAACUGUUUGGAUAUGCAUACGACAUACACUAAUUAUGAUGGCGGUGGCAAUAUUGGCGGUCAAGUACAUCAAGCAAACACACAGCAUUUAUAUCAUCAUCAUACUGCACAAUCGCUUUCUUCAUCCGCAUCAACAUUACCGUCGACUGUUUCUAGUAAUUGCGGCACAAACUUGUCAGAAAAGUACGCAGGCAGCAUGCAACAGUGUUCAAAUUCACCGAAUACUCGAUUUCGCUUAUCAGACCGAUAUCGUGAGGUUUCUACGCCUAAAUCACUGGUUUUGAAUAGCACAACCACCAUUGGUAGCCAAGGCGCCUCUGCUGCGGCCACGGGUGAUGUCUCAACACCGCCUUGCAGUACCGCACGAUACGCCUCUUCCGCACAUUUUUUAACACAAGGUACACCCUUGGUGACAAGCGACACAUACACAUACCUUUCGUCGACAGUGCAUACGCCUGUAAAGCGCUAUGUGCCGACCCCUCCACCGCCAAACGAACUAUACACUGACAUAUCGGUACAACAGUCUACACUGACGCCGCAAACAUAUGUAGGCAAAUGCACGAACAACAGCAGAGUGAUCGGUGGAAAUGGCACAACGCAACAUGUCAACACACUGCCUCUCCGCUUACGCGUGAAAUGCUGUGCCAAUGAUUUGGCACAUCCACCAGUCAUGCAGGCAGCUAAUAUAAAUACCUCGCAUAUGACGCAUAGUCUUGAGCAUCGGCCACUCUUAGUUACCGACUACUAUGCCACAUCUCCGCGUAAUCGAUCAUCCUUCAAUGUUGUUAACAACAGCAAUAUCAUUGCUAACGGCAUGGAUAAUUCAAAAUGCGCUGGAGUAACAGCAAAAGAUGCUUCCAUUAUCAUCUUACAAGAUCAACAAAUGCCAACAAAUGAAAACUUGACAUCGCUAUCUCAGUUGCAUAACACAUCUAGCUGUAUAACUUCUGCGUCGACGGCCUGUUCAGCGUCGACCGCUGUGGCGGGCGGUUCGAAUCCUUUAUGCGUUAGACCUUCGACGGCCUCACCACUAUCUAUUGGCGCCAACGGUAUGUAUGUAGUCGGCAACAGCCGCUUGAAUUCCAACGGUGUCGUUCGUGGUAAUAACUCAAAUGUGAUAAAUGAUAGUAACAGCCGCAUUUAUACGACACCUGUCACCCAAAUGGAUGCUAAUUCUGGCUCAAAUAGUGUUGGUGACAACAGUAUUAGCAACAUAAAUUCUGGACCCGGUGCAGCCACAACUUGUUUGCAUUGCAACACAGUGCGACGUACAACCGGCGUCCAUCAGACCACUCAGACAACAGGCCCGAUCAGCCCAAUACCUAUACAACAAGUACUUGAAGGCAAUAGUGCAGGAGUCACCGGUAGUUGCAAUGGCGUCUUUAUACAGAAUAAGCUGGAACAAACUUCUCUUUCACUAACACCAUCCACUAGCGAGUCGCAUAUUUCCCCACAAUCGCCGUUGGCAAACGGAGCACCGAAUUCGCGAGUACCUUUUCGAAGUAAAGCGAAUGAUCACAGUAGCAAUAGCGGAGUUGAGCAAUUGCUACAGCAGCAAGGAGAACAAAUGUAUGUGACUUCAAAAGCCCUGCAUCAUCCAAUGGAUGUAAUAACAGAGGGCACAAUCACAGAGCACAUUAGUAUUACUGGCAACGCCCAAAUGUGCAAGCAGCAGCAGCAUCAACAAGCUUUGAACCUUAAUCGGCAACUACUGCAACAUUCGUCUUUGCAAAUGCAUCAUCAAUCACAACAGCCCUCACCAAUACAACAACUGCCUGUACCACAACAGCAGCAGCAAAUUCAACGCUUUUCUCGAAAGAAACGUUUGAGUCAAUAUAUACGCAAAGAAAUAGCCCGUUUUUUUGGUGUAGACGCCAGUACGGAAGCUGAAGAAUUUGCUGUUUGGCAAGGUCGUCAAAGGCGUUUAGCCCUCCGAAGGUUUGGUGCGUUGAAAAGCGAGAAUGAGUUACAUACUGAAAUAAACAACACAGAUACCAGUGAGGUCAAUAACCGCAUAAAUUUCUAUAAUGGAGUCGGUGGGGGGACUAAUCAACAAUACUAUCAACAUCAUUAUCACCCUUCGGAAAGGCCUGAUAUAUUACCCGCUCAUUAUACAGAAGGUGAUGACUUGACAAUCGAAUAUACAUCGCGACGACGUCAUUUCUCAUAUACUGACUUCCAGUUAGGAGAUCAUGUCGAGCGGAAAGCAUCCGUAGGUACAAUGAUUAUGUCUAGUCUAACUUAUGUCGUACAGACACUGAAUAAACGACAUCCACGCCACAACCGACAAUGGUCACGGAGUUUUGCGCAAGCUCAUAUAAAUCAAAUCCAUGGUAUCGAUAACUCAGGUGAUAUUUUUGAAGGCUUACCAGCGCUUCACGAAGAGGAACUAUUUUUCGACACUUCAGGUACUGAGCAAACUCUAAACAAUAGCCAUGUAAUUGGUUCGAAUAGCAGUAAUGGCGCAAUUAGCGGCUCGUUGCAGCAAUCGAACGUUAUGCGACCCGGUGAUGGCAGUGCCACGAUUACGAACAAUACUGGCGUACAGCUACUUGAACAUCAUCGACAAAUAUACAUGAGUGAACGUAUGCACGGAUGGCGUACUUCGGCCGUAAUGGGUGGUAGUGGAAAACAUGGCACUCCCAACACCAACGUUGCUGCAAAUGGUGAACAAAUAACUGCAUCCAUAUUACUGCAGCAAGCCACAACCACCAACAUUAAUACCGGUGGUCAACAAUCAAGUAAUGUUUGCAGUACUAGCAUCUCCCACCAGUCCAAUAUGACACCGAUCGCUGGUAAUAAUGGCACACCUUUACUGCCAAAUGUACAACCAACAAACGGAACACGCGGCAAUCGCAUAGCGGCACAACUUUUAGAUGGCGUACUCGAGAACUCGCGUCGCUCAAUACAGCGCAAAGUUAAAUUGUUUACAGUUAAUGAUCUAGACGAUCGUGCGGAUCAUCGGCCAUUUUUUACGUAUUGGAUAAACACAGUGCAGACAUUAGUUCUCUUAUUGUCGCUCAUUUGCUACGGUAUAGGGCCUAUAGGAAUUGGAGUUGAACAAAAAACGGGACAGGUACUGGUUACUAGCCUUAGUUUGCAAACAGUGCAGCACACCGAGCAGCGAAAUUUAUGGAUAGGGCCACGAAAUAAUGACUUGGUACAUAUGGGUGCGAAGUUUGCUACUUGUAUGCGUAGCGAUGUUCGUAUCACGGAUGUGCUACUGAAGACGAGGCGGCAAGAACGUGAAACAGCUUGUUGUAUACGCAACGAUGAUUCAGGAUGCGUACAAAGCUCUCAAGCGGACUGCUCUGUGCGUGGACUAUUCCCAACCAAGUCUAUAUCAACCUGGAAAAAAUGGUCGCCUGGUGAAUCUGGACCAGGUGGUCGCAUUUCGGGUUCCGUUUGUGGACUGGAUCCUAAAUACUGCGAUACACCCGCAUCCAUAGCACCAUAUGAAUGGCCAGAUGAUAUAACAAAAUGGCCCAUUUGCCGGAAAACAAAUUCGUUUUCACAACGUUUUCGCUACAAAGAUCACACCGCCGAACACAUGGUAUGUGAGGUCAUAGGUCAUCCGUGUUGCACUGGAGUUUAUGGAGAAUGUAGAAUAACCACUCGCGAGUACUGUGAUUUCGUCAAUGGCUAUUUUCACGAAGAAGCAUCGUUAUGUUCGCAGAUUUCCUGCUUGAGCAACGUCUGCGGCAUGGUGCCAUUUAUAUCUGGUGAGGUGCCUGAUCAAUUUUAUCGUCUAUUCACAUCACUUUGCUUACAUGCUGGGAUUCUUCAUUUGGCCAUUACUAUCGCCUUUCAACAUGUAUUUUUAGCCGACUUGGAGCGUUUAAUAGGGCCUGUUCGCACCGCUAUUGUUUAUAUUGGCUCAGGACUGGCUGGAAAUUUAACUAGCGCCGUAUUAGUGCCAUACAAAGCAGAAGUUGGACCAUUGGCAUCAUUGUCUGGUGUAAUUGCAUCCCUGGUUGUGUUGCUAAUACUUAUCCACUGGAAGCAUCUACGUAAACCGCACGUUGCUCUUUUCAAACUUAUGUGUAUGACAGCAUUGGUUUUUGGCGUUGGAAUACUACCUUGGCAGUUGAACUUUGCAGGACUGUUAGCGGGCAUUUUUUGUGGGAUAUUCUUAACCAUUGCGCUGGUGCCGUUUGUGAGCGUUACCAAAUAUGGACGAAAGUCUAAGAUCAAUCUUAUAUGGUCCUGCGUCAUCUUCCACCUGUUUAUAUAUUCAGUGAUGCUGGGGAUUUUCUACGUAUUUCCAACGGAGUUAACUUCACUAAAUGUGGGAGAAGUUUUAAAAACAAAUUUGAACGGUAAUUCAGGCAGUGACAGUAACGUUGCAGACAGCGUAAUUGUUGGAGCCGGCGUUGGAGGAAUCGGCCUCGUCGGUGGCCAUAGUGGUGAAAUACCUGCUGGUAUCAGUAAUGGCAGAAGGUAUAUUGGUAAAAACAAAUGGUACCAAUCGAUGCAGCAGCAGCAGUAUUACUAUCACCAUCGUUCCAGUGAUAUAAUUACGAGUGGAGUGGAUUUACAUAAGGAACCAUUGCAAGUGCAGCAAAAUGAAAUGGGUCCUGUGCCAUCAUUUUAUAAUUAUGCUUACCAUAUGAAUCGCAGCAAUAAUCAAAUGAGUAGCAAAUACAAAUAUAAUCCUAAUAAUAACGGUAAUAGUAAUAACAGCAGUUUCACAAAUUUUUAUUUUGCGAAUAACAUCAAAAGCUUUUUGAACAGCAGUAACAAGUCACACCAUAUAACUGGCGACAGUAAAAUAUUGUCAGAAAAUGCGCGGCCUGUCAGCAAAAUCAUAGAAGUUGAAGCGGGAUUGAAUAAUCGUAGUAAUAGCAACACUAACAUAAUCGCGUAUAACAUUAAAAAAAAUAAAAGAAUUGGUGAGGAAGAUAUCCUUGAUGGAAGCAAUAAUAUUGACAUUGACGUUAUUGUCGGGGACAUGACAGUUGGUAAGCUGCAGUCGUUGCAAACAUUCAACGCUAUAGUCAAUAAGACGCCGAAUUACGGUAGUGAUCGAUAUUCGUUUGAGAAGCAAACUAACAACUUGAGAUUUGUUGGAGUCAGUGCCAAUGCUAACUUCAGCAGAAGUAGCAGUCUCAUCUUAGAAAAUCAACAGCUACAACUACAACAACUAAGACUUAUGCUACAUUCAGGACGAAAGCAGUCACACCCCAACGGCAAUAUUAAGGACACGAGCUUUUACAAUGAUCGCCAAAAAUUAGAUAAUAUUGUAGAUUCGUUACAUAACUUCGACGACAUUGACUUACACAGGGAAGUAAUGUAUAUAGUCCAAGCAGAUACCGACAACAAAGACGACGUAGAGGUAUCGCUUGUCACAAGACCACACAUAAAUCCAGAUGAGAAAAGCCAGUUCACCUUCCAUUUAAAUGAUAGCAGCGUUUUUGCGUUCACCAAUGACAAAAAUGUAAAUAAGACUUCAACCAAUCCAAAAGUCGCAAGAGUUGCCAAAACAAAAGUUCGUUUCAGCACAAAGCCAUGGCAGAACUUUACGGGUAGUCAACAACAGCAGCUAAAUUUAGUAUCAAAUGUUGCAUCCCCAUUUAAGAGAUUGUAUAAAAAAGUCACAGCGUUAAUAGAUACAGUAAAUAUGUCAGGUUCGGCUACUGGAGAUCCGGCAUCAACAGCUACAGGACCAAGAAGCCCCACAUCGUCAUCCACGCUGGGUGAAGCGGAUAAAUUGAAAACAAAAACUGAAUUGAUGAACAACAAAAGUGCAACAAAAACGACAAAUAGCAACAGCAGCAAAAAAAAAAAGAAAAACAAUAACACCAACAAUACAGCAAUAAACGCCAAAGGGGUAUGAGUAUAAUAAUAUAAAUAUUUACAAAUAAUUUCACAAACAAUAGUAGUAGCGAGCAAAAGCUAAAAAAGAUUUCAUUGUAGAACUAAUGCUAAAUACAAUUUCCAUAUAUUGCACAUGCUGGUACACAUACACACAUAUAUUUGUACAAUUGCAUUCAUACAGAUAUAUCAGUAAUGCCUACAUUAAGCGAAAAACACUCCGAAAUACCAAAA